CCGAUCACCACCUUCCAACCCGCAACCUCAAUUCUCUCCAAUGCCCCCGAAGCGUGUUGCAAAACCCUUAGCCGAGAAGCAGGCUCCGGCGCUUUCUCGAGGCGAAGAGGUGGAUCUUUCCGACCCUACCGAAACUCCUUCAACAACAUCCUUCAAGGGCCAAUUGACCAAAUACCAGUUCUCCUCGACAUCAACCUCAGUCGAGAAUGGCACGCCGACAUCCACCUCCUCCAUGCGAAGCUCAAAGCGCACACGAAGCGCCGUGACAGUCGCCACCGAAACCUCAGCGUCCACCGCAUCCUCCCCGCGACCCAAGAAGAAGCGGAAGCCUAGCAAAUAUGCCGACCCCUUGAAAUACGCGCAUCUUGCUCCGCUCGUCGACAUCCUCGAGCCGAACCUAAUAUGCGUCUUCGUCGGCACGAAUCCCGGCGUGCAGACCGCGACCGCCGGCCACGCCUACGCGCACCCUUCGAACCACUUCUGGAAACUGCUACACUCAUCUGGCCUCACGCCGGAACGGCGGCUCAAGCCGGAAGAGGAUCGUAGUCUACCGGAUUUAUACUGCAUGGGCAACACCAACAUUGUCGAUCGCCCCUCAAAGGACGCCGCGGAGCUGUCCAAGGAGGAAAUGGCAGCGGGAACCGCAAACCUCGACGCUAAGUUCCUGAAGUACAAACCUGAAGCCGUGUGUAUAGUAGGCAAGGGCAUAUGGGAGGCUGUGUGGCGGUAUCGGUACGGAAAGAAUCCGACAAAGGCAGAAUUCAAGUAUGGAUGGCAGGAUGAGAAGCAUAACAUGGGAAAGAGUAAAGACGGCGAGGAGGAAACCGACCCGGAUGGAGAGGUGUGGAAGGGGAGUAGGGUAUUUGUGACGACGAGUACGAGUGGUUUGGCGGCGAACCUCAAGCCGGCGGAGAAGGAGGCUAUCUGGAAGCCGUUUGGGGAUUGGGUGCAGCAGAGGAGGGAGGAAAGAGGGUUUGUACCAAAGGUUGUUGAUGCUGAAGAAAGUGAUUAG